AACAACGUCGAGCAUGCAGUCUCGUACUUUUACGGCAGUAGACAUGACUUUCAUCUUACUCAUAUUCACUUCAAGAUCUACAUGCUGGGAGACUCUGUGCUGAGUACCUACGUAGAUGUCCUUUGAGAGGAGUUUCUGGAAUCAUCCUGCAAGGGUGUGGUUACAGUUUAGACCAAAUAAACUAAAACAAGAGCAUUAUUUCGAGGUUUCAUAUCUAGAUUUUUUUCUUGAAUAGUGCAAGAUUUGUAGGUAACCUAACACUCAAAGUAGUAUAGGUACCUACAGUACCUACAGUAUUAAAUGGCGCCAGUGACCUCAAAUAAAUGAGUGUAAAAUUAUAAAUUACACACUUGAAGAGUGCUAAGUAGUAGCUCCUGCGAAAGGUUUCCAUCACUUGUACGUGUGUGUGCGUGGAAUAUGUAUAGUCUACUCGCAUUCGCAGUGUUAGCUGCGGUGCUGGUGGUGGCUCGGAGCGAGCUGUGCCUGCAGGGCGGCUUCGAGUCGCAGCUGCAGCAGGUGCUGGACGCCUACAUGCUGCGGCCACAGCUGGAGGCCUGCAUCAUCACCACCGUGGCGGACGAUGUCUUGCGCACGCUCAGCCCACGCUGGCAAGGAAUAGAGAUGACCCCAUUCGGGUCCCUGGUGACCGGGCUAGGCACACACUCUAGUGAUCUGGACUUCAGCGUGACCAUGCCCAACUACAACUCGUCGAGAGACGCCGAGUGGGACAUGUUAGACGAGAUCAACGAGCUCGUCAUGCAGCAGCCUGACCUGUAUUCUGAGAUAAACUACUCCACGAAAGCCGAUUUUGCACGUUACUCGUUCAAUCACAGCACGACACACCGAAAAGUUGACCUCAUGUUCAGAAAUGGCGACUCUGGGGUACAGAAUAGCAAACUUAUAAAAUACUAUUUCCAUUUAGAUGACAGGUUUCUACCUUUGGGGGGAAUUCUUAAAUUGGCUUUCAAAAUUCAAGAUCUAACCGGUCGGCUGAUGUUGAAAAAUUAUGCUCUGUACUUGUUGGUGAUAUUUUACUUACAACAAAAGAACAUGGCGCCUGCCGGUUUCGAGUUACAAAGAGACGCGGAGAGUUACUACGUGGGCGAGUGGGACACGGGCUUCGACGAGCUGCCCUACAGCAUCAACAAAACUGAGAGCGUGUUGCAACUGCUGGGGGGCUUCUUCCAGUACUUCAGCCAAUUCGACUUUCAAAAUUAUGUCGUGUCAACUUUUGCCGGACGUCCUAUUCUGAAGGAUGAUUUCAUGAGUAUCGACACCUUUCCUGAAGAAUUUACACUUUAUAAGAAUAAUUCGAAACUUGAUCUGCAACUUAAAAUAAAAAAUAACUUACAGACAAAAGCAAAUAUAUGCAUCCAGGAUACGUAUGCCCAUGAUAUGAACAACGGAGAAUUGAUAACAGUCGAAGAUACUGAGAGGAUUAAGGAGUUUCUGAAGUCAGCUGCUGCGUGGUUCGAAGACCUACCCGCAGACCGGUUCCUCAGCGCCAUACUGAGUAAAGAGCAAGACAGUGACGCACAGAGCAGCGCUGAGCAAAACUGCAUCGAAGUACCGGACUCCGGAGAUACUGCAACAAUAGAUCUCACAUGUUCAAAGUAAAUGUACCUCUAUCUUUGUUAUUGUU